AAUGCAAUGAUUUUAUCAAUUUAUAUUGUUUUAAUCUUUUCAAUAUUAUGUACAUCAUGGGAAGAUCAAUAUAUAUCUAUAAUAACUGAUAAAGAAAAUUAUAAAAUAUUUCGGCCUAUAAAAGCAGAAGUAAAUAAAUAUUUUCCAACAUGGAAUAGUUUAGAUAGUCGUCCACUUCCAAAUUGGUAUAAUGAUGCGAAAUUUGGUAUUUUUAUUCAUUGGGGUAUUUUCAGUGUUCCUAGUUUUGGCUCUGAAUGGUUUUGGAAUAAUUGGAAAGAAGAACAUAUUGGUACAAAAUACCAUGAUUUUAUGAAACAAAGGUAUCCCCCUAAUUUUACAUAUCAGGAUUUUGCUCAUGACUUUACUGCUGAAUUUUUUAAUGCAUCACAAUGGAGUGAACUAUUUCAAGCUUCAGGUGCAAAAUAUAUUGUAUUGACAAGCAAACAUCAUGAAGGAUAUACUUUAUGGCCUUCAAAAUACUCAUUUAGUUGGAAUUCUAUAGAUGUAGGACCACAAAAAGAUCUUAUAGGUGAAUUAGCUACAGCAAUAAGAAAUUUAACUAAUUUGAAAUUUGGUCUUUAUUAUUCUUUAUACGAAUGGUAUAAUCCUCUUUAUCUACUUGAUAAAAAUAACAAUUUUACAACUCAAAUCUUUGUUGAACAAAAGAUAAUCCCUGAAUUACAUGAGUUAAUAGAAAAAUAUAAACCAGAAAUUAUAUGGUCUGAUGGUGAUUGGGAGGCAUCAGAUGAUUAUUGGAAAUCAAAAGAAUUUUUAGCUUGGCUAUAUAAUGAAAGUUCUGUAAAAAAUACAGUAGUAGUAAAUGAUAGAUGGGGUCAAAAUAUAUCAUGUCAUCAUGGUGAUUUUUAUACAUGUUCUGAUCGUUAUAAUCCUGGAGUACUUCUACCACAUAAAUGGGAAAAUUGUAUGACAAUUGAUAGAAAGUCUUGGGGAUUUCGUAGGAAUGCUGUUCUAUCAGAAUAUUUUACUUUAGCAGAAUUAAUAAAAGAAUUAGUAAUUACUGUAAGCUGUGGAGGAAAUUUAUUAAUGAAUGUAGGACCAACAAAAGAUGGUAUUAUUACUCCAAUAUUUGAAGAAAGAUUACGUAGAAUGGGUGAUUGGUUAAAAAUAAAUGGAGAAGCUAUUUAUAAUACUAAACCUUGGACAACACAGAAUGAUACUUUAACUUAUAAUGUUUGGUAUACACAAAAUAGAAACACAAAACAAAUUUAUGCAAUAAUUCUUACAUGGCCAAAUGAAGGUGUAUUAUAUUUAGGAUCAUUUCGAGCAACUUCCAAUACACAAAUUUCUGUACUUGGAUCUAAUUUAUUAAUAGAGUGGAAACAAACUAUUAAAAAGUUGAAAAUAUUCUUACCAGCAGAACUUAAUAGAGGACAACCAGCUUGGACAUUGAAAAUAAAAUAAAAAUAAUAUUAAUUCUUCAUAAAUGAGAUUCAUUUGUAAAAAGAUUAAAUUAUACAUUUGUAGUUAUGUAUGAUAUAUUCAAACAUUACUUAAAUUCUAUUCUUAAUUUAAAAUGUUUUAAAAAGUUAUUGAAUUUUUGCUGAAUUUUUUAAAGAUUUUUUUUACCUAUUGAAGAACACAAAUGACAACGCAAAAAUAAAUAAAUAAUUCCCAUUUUUGAAAUAAAGAUAAAAUAAGGACUUAAUUAAUCUUUUUUAAUUAAAUAACAUAUUUAGUUUUC